GGCCCCAGGUCUGCGGCGGCUCAGGAACCCAUUGAUGCACGGAGCUUUCAGAGGUGUUUCCUACGUGGUUGGAGCUUUGUGUCCAUUCGAGAGGGAGUUCUGAUCUGACGAACAACAGAGCUGACCCAUGGCUGAACCCCAACAGGACAGGAAGGAGGAGCCGGCAGGUGAAUGUAAACAAGGCUCCAAUCCACAGAUGCCAGCUGACCCCGGGGAUGCCAAACCUGAGGACACCCGCGUAGGUGAUCUAGAGCUGGUGCUUAAAGUCAGAAUUAAGAGUCCCAGAGAAAAUGACUUCAUUGAGGUUGAACUGAACAGAGGAGAGCUGAGUUAUCAGAAUCUCCUGAAAGUCAGUUGCUGCGAACUGGGGAUUGAGCCGGAGCAAGUGAGGGCGGUCAGAAAGCUGCCAAACACACUGCUCAGAAAGGACAAAGACAUUCAAAGACUACGGGACUUUCAGGAAGUAGAACUCAUCUUGGUGAAACACAGCAGCUCUGAAUUCGUCGAACACACAACAUCCCUGACAGAGGCGGCCUGCUACAACACAAUGCCACCAAACUGA